AUGGUGCAAAUCGACAUGUUCGGACGCGGCUGGAAGCUGCAGCUGGCCAUCACGGCCGCUUGCUCCAUGGCCUUCAUCUUGUUUGGCUAUGACCAGGGCGUCUUCAGCGGCAUUGUUGGCAACGAGCACUUCCUGGACGUUGUUGGCCACCCGGACGACACCAUACUGGGCAUCAUCGUUGCCGUGUACAAUCUCGGAUGCUUUACCGGCUGCAUUGCCGCCUUCUGUUUUGGAGAAAAGCUGGGUCGCCGCAGGGCCAUGUGGAUGGCCAUGGCAUGGAUCAUUGUUGGCGGCGCCCUUCAAGCAUCGGCAUACUCGAGAGGACACAUGGUUGCUGCUCGCUUCAUCACCGGAAUUGGCACGGGCAUGGAGACCUCGACCGUUCCAAUGUACCAAGCAGAACUUUCUCAGGCCCACAACAGAGGCCGUCUUGUCUGCAGUGAGCCCCUGUUCGUCGGCGUUGGUAUCGUCAUCGCAUACUGGUUCGACUACGGCCUCAACUUUGUCGGUGGCGAACUCGCGUGGAGAUUGCCCAUUGCUUGCCAGGUCAUCUUUGCCAUCGUCGUCGUCGUCCUCGUUUUCGGUCUCCCGGACUCCCCCCGUGAUCUGUUCAACAAAGGCAGACACGACGACGCCGUCAAGGUGCUCUGUGACGUCUUCGAUCAGGAGCCUGAUCACCAAGCCAUCAAAAAGACAAAGGCAGAGAUCCUGCAUGCGCUUUCACUCGAGGGUGAGGCUCAGAAGAGCUGGCUGCACAUCUUCCAGCAGGACGAAGUACAGACCGGCAAGCGCGUGCUGCUUGCAUAUGGCAUGCAGUUCAUGAACCAGGUUGGCGGUAUCAACCUUGUCGUCUACUAUGUCCCUACCGUGCUGCAGGAGAACGUUGGCAUGACCCGUAACAUGUCUUUGCUUCUCGGUGGAGUCAUCCAAAUCAUGUUUCCGCUGGGAUCAAUCAUCCCGGCCUUGGGUGCCGACAAGCUGGGUCGUCGCCGGCCCAUGAUAUGGGGAUCCUUUGGCUUGGGCAUCUGCAUGAUGAUGAUCUCGAUCCUGCUGAGCUUCAAGAACUCCAGCAUUGGGGAGCCCACCGCAUCCGCGAGCGUGGCUUUCUUCUUCAUCUACAUGUUCAUCUUCGGCGCCAGCGUCAACUGCAUUCCUUGGGUCUACGUCCCUGAAAUCUUGCCUCUGAGAGCCCGAGCUCGCGGUACUGCAAUUGGCAUCUCGUCCAACUGGCUCUGGAACUUCGUCAUCGUCAUGAUCACGCCCAUCAUCAUCAACCGGCUGCAGUGGAAGGCAUACCUCAUCUUCAUGGUCACCAACCUCCUUUUCGUCCCGCUCGUCUACUUCUGCUACCCAGAGACGGCGAUGCUCUCGCUCGAGGAGAUGGACGAGCUGUACACGACACGCGGCCAGAGCCCGAUCAAGACCAGCAAGCGCAUCCGGAAGGAGAAGAUGAUGGGCAUGAGGGGUCUGGAGACGGGCACGAGCUCGAACGAAGAAGUGGUCGCGCCCAUCGAGAAGGGACUUUCCGAGGACGUGCAGUCGCAUCACGAGCACGCAGGGACGAAAGAGGUCCGAUGA